AUGGGUUUAACACAAGUACUACGCAUGAAUGGGGGUAUGGAAGAAAUAAGCUAUGCAAACAACUCCUUAAUUCAGAGAGAGGCGAUUUCUUUGACAACAUCUUUGAGAGCUAAAGCCAUAACAAAUCUAUAUUGCAGUUUAUGCCCUAGAAGUUUAGCAAUUGCAGAUUUGGGUUGCUCUUCGGGACCAAACACAAUGUUGGUGAUUUCAGAAAUAAUCAAGGUUGUAGAAAAGCUUUGUCAAGAGAUGAAUUAUAAAUCUCCUGAAUAUAAGGUCUUUUUAAACGAUUUAUAUGGAAAUGACUUCAACAGCGUAUUUAAGUCUUUGGACAACUUCAAAGAAAAAUUAUGUGUUGAAAUGCAAACUGAAAUGAAUCCUUGCUACAUCUUUGGUGUUCCCGGUUCCUUUUACGGUAGAAUUUUUCCUAAUAAGAGUUUGCAUUUUGUCCACUCUUCCUAUAGUCUUCACUGGUUAUCUAAGGUUCCCAAAGGUGUAGAAAACAAUAAGGGAAACAUUUACGUGACGAGCACAAGCCCAUCAAAUGUUCUCAAGUCUUACUACAAGCAAUUUCAUAUAGAUUUCUCUCAAUUUCUAAAGUAUCGUGCCGAAGAAAUAGUUGAAGGGGGUUGCAUGAUUCUCACAUUUUUAGGAAGAGAAAGCGACGAUUUAUUAAGCGACGGUGUUUGUUACGGUUGGGAACUUUUGGCUACAGCUCUUAAUGACAUGGUCAUGCAGGAAAUCAUAGAAGAAGAGAAACUCAAUACUUUUAACAUCCCAAAUUAUUAUCCAUCGCUGUCUGAAGUGAAAUUGGAAGUUGAAACUGAAGGGUCAUUUUCCAUCAAUCAGUUAGAGGUUUUUGAAGUAAAUCUGCAUGCCCUUGAUUCUGAUUUGUCUGAAUCUCUUGCAAAAGGCACAAGAGCUGUGAUUGAACCUUUGUUAGUUAGUCAUUUUAGUGAAGAUGUCACUAAAGAGGUGUUUGACCGCCAUAGAAAAAUAUUAACAUAUGGAAUAUCCAAAGAAAGAACUAAGAUGACCAAUCUCAUUGUAACAUUGACUAGAAAAUCAUGA